GCAGACUGCUGGAUAUCUGCUGGAAACCGCAGCUUCAGCUCCACCACAUAGUCCUCCCUCAGCAUUGGUCGACUGAAGAGGAUCUCUGCAACCAGCAGAGGAACUUCAGAGCGGACCAGGAGAAUCCAGAACCUCCACAGACUCUAGAGGAACUGCAGGAUCCAGAACCUUCCCCGAUGAAAGAGGAACCAGGAGAACUCUGCAUCAGUCAGGAUGAAGAGCAGCUUGAUCUGAAGCAGGAGACUGAAACCUUGAUGGAGAUUCCUGCUUUGGAGGAACAUGUUGACAGUGAAGCAGAUGGAAACAAUCAGCAGAUCAGCGUCAAACCCUGGUAUUUGCUGACUGAGGAGGAUCUCUGCAACCAGCAGAGGAACUUAAGAGUGGACCAGGAGAAUCCAGAAUCUCCACAGAUUAAAGAAGAACUGAAGGAAACAAAACUUCUACAGAUUGAAAUGGAGCAAGAGGAACCAGAACCUCAACAUAUUGAAGAGAAACAAGAGUAUCCAGAAUCCCCACAGAUUGAAGAGGAGCAGGAGGAACCCCAAACUAUACAGAUUAAGGACACUUAUACAUUGAUGGAGAUUCCUACUUUGGAGGAACAUGAGAACAGUGAAGCAGAUGGAAACAAUCAGCAGAGCUUUAAUGGAACUGAUAGUCAGGAUGAAGAAGGAAACCAUCACGAAGAAUCAACAUCAACUUCAGAUGAAGAGACAGAGCCACAGAACAGAGAUCAGAGGAAGAAAAGAGACAGAAGUCAUGUCCAAAGUGUGGUCAGCUCUCACAUGUCAGAAAGUCAAUGCGACUCUGAUGUUAGUAAAAAGUUCAAGAUGACAACUUUGGUGAAGAAAUACAAACAAUCCCUAAAGGAAAACAGACGUUCCUCUACAAAGUCUGAUAAAAGAACAAGAAUUCCACACGAUGUGUCUGUCCACAUGAGAACUAAGUCUGAUGAAAGACCUUAUGUCUUUAAAGAAUGUGACAAAAGUUUCAGUUAUGCAUAUAAACUUAAGAGACACAUGAGAAUUCACACAGGGGGGAAGCCUUUUAUGUGUAGAGAAUGUGAUAAAAGUUUUAGUCAAAAAUCUAAUCUCAAUAGACACAUGAGUAUUCAUACAGGAGAGAAGCCUUUUUUGUGUAAAGAAUGUGACCAAACUUUUAGGAUUCAAGACAGUCUCAAAUCACACAUUAGAACUCAUACAGGAGAGAAGCCUUUUUCGUGUAAAGAAUGUGAUAGAAGUUUUAGUCAAACAGUUGAUCUCAAUAGACACAUUAGAACUCAUACAGGAGAGAAGCCUUUUAAGUGUAAAGAAUGUGAUAGAAGUUUUAGUCGAACAUUUAGUCUCAAAACACACAUGAGAACUCAUACAGGCGAGAAGCCUUUUUCGUGUAAAGAAUGUGAUAGAAGUUUUAGUCAUAGAGUUUCUCUCAAAAUACACAUGAGAACUCAUACAGGAAAUAAGCCUUUUAUGUGUAAAGAAUGUGAUAGAAGUUUUAGUAAUACUUCUCAUCUCAAAUCACACAUUAGAACUCAUACAGGAGAGAAGCCUUUUUUUAAGUAAGGGAAACCCACAGUAGGGGAGCCAUGAAGAAAAGACAAUAAUGUUUUAACUAGGAAGGUUUAAGUAUUGUGAAAAACAUUUUCCCUUAUUUUAAGGGCCAUGUAAAAUAAAAAUUUAAAAAGCGUAUUAUAAUGUUCAGUCCUCACUAUUAACAAUGCAAAAGCAGUAUUUCUGAUCCUGUCACGCAUUUCUGAGUAAUCAUCUAAAAAUUUGUGCUUUGAGCACCAGUCCCUCCUAACCCACAAAAACAAGCUGACAUCACAAAGUAAGGACGGCCCCUUUCAGGAAGUGUCUACACUGCUAGCACUGCCCCAGGAUAAACACCUUCAAAAUUAUUUCAUUUUUAGCAUUGACUCUGAGAAGAGAUGGGUUCAUCUUGCACCUAAUCUGCAGAGACAUUGAUCUAUAUGGAUAUAGUUUUCUCUGAAAGGCUUAAGAAUGGCAUGAUAAAGAUCUUAAAAUGGUCUGUCAGUUGGUAAAAUGAAGUUGGUUUCUAAAACACUUCACUGCUGACAAGCUGUGUGUAGAUUCUGCUUUUAUUUUCCAGCAGAACUUGGAUCAUUUCCACUCUACUAAAGGUACCUAAAACUGCUUCUCCCUAAACAUCUGUUUCUGUGUUUGAUCAACCAGCAAAUUCCCUGACAUGAACCCAAUAAAAAUCUAUGAAGUGUUUUUAAAGAGGAAGAUGAGACAGCAGAGCCAACAAUGAAGAUGAGCUGAAGUCAGCUAUCAAAUCAACCUGAGCUUUCAUGACAUGUAAACAGAGCCGCAGGCUGAUGGCCUCCAUACCACAUUGAUGCAGUCAUUCAAUGAAAAGGAGGAACAAGUGAUUAUUGAAUACAGAGAAAAGAACAGUUUUCUGAAUCUAACAUGUGCUGAAAACAUUCUUCUGAUAGAACAUUCUCAUUUUCUAUUUUUAGGUUUUCUAUCCGCCACUAUGAUCACUUUGCUGAAGAUAAAAGAAUAAGUAAAUAAUUCUAUACAUCAUGAGUUUCACUUAUUGUAUUGAUUGACAAAAGUAAUAAACUUUUAAACUAUAAUUUUUUAAGAUACGCAUGUAGAUAUAAAUGUGUUGUUUUGAAUUAUUAAAUAUAUAAGAUUAAAAUUGUAAAGACAUUUCGAUCAAGUUCAAUUUUUGUUGGUUACAUUUAUAUUGUAACUUUUUGUACUUUUAUUGUAUUGUUUAAAAGUGUUUAAGUGAACCAUUGUGGUUUGAGUUAUGCUAAGACAAUGUUGUCUGUCUGUGUUGCCAUGACAACACUGGAAUUAUUUCAAUGCAUCUCUAGUUCUAACACUUUUUUGUGAUUUGUGAACAUUUCAAUAUUGUUUAUUAAUAUAAAAUAAUCACUGUUUAUAUGUUGUUGAGUCAUGUUAAUAAAUAACUAUUUUGUGAAGAAAA